CACACGAGGACGACAAGAACAACAGGGAGGGGAUUGCUGCAGCUGGCGCUGCUGCUGUAGUCCUAAUCGCUGACUCUACUGCUCGUACUCCAGCACCACGGGUUUUCAAAGUUAACUUUGGGCUCGGUGGUGAAACGGUUGUUGAAUUCACGGAGUCUGAAAUCAACGAUAUUCUGCAGCUUCCGCCGCCUAAACAACCUGAUUCAUCUUCAUCUGGCGGAGCAUCUGACUCGCCCGGCGACACCGGCACCGCUGCGCAACCCGAUGGUGAUGGAGAGGAUGCCCUAGCCCCACUUGUUGGUGAGAAUGUUGCGCCUUCAUCUGAUGCGCCAGAAGAUUCUAGGCCUCCAUCUGCUGAGGAGAUGAUUGCGCGGAGAUUUUUCUUCGCCUUCUCGAAAAAGAUUGAAAACACGCUCGUACCGCUGGCCGUCCGCAUGGGCCCGUCUCUGGAAACUGAUUGCCUGCCGAGAGAGUGGUUCUUGGUAGUUGACCCUGCGACAGACAGCGAGCUCGCAACCGCCGCAGAUUUGGUGCCCGCACUCUGGAACUUCGUCUCGUCGAAGCCGAUUAGCAAAGAACGUCCUGACACGAGCACACCAGCGUCAAACGCAGAAGAUGACGAGCACGCUCGCGCAGCAUCAAAUUGUAUUGCUUUCCGUACGUAUUCCGAGGACAACAUCGUGGGAAGAAGUUCGCCGGCGGUUCCAAAACAGCAAAGUCAGAACAGCUGCAGGGAACUAGCAGAGGGCAGCACUUCGGCUGUGCUACAGAGCGGCACCUCCAUAAAAAGACAGCAAUGUGACGACCAAGACAUGGAGGACGAGGGCGACCCUGCUGAUUGUGAUGCUUGUUCCUGCGGUCCACCUGAUGAAGCAGGCCCUCGCCUCGUCAUAACCCUACGACACGUCGCCGGCACGGGAUACGGUUUCGAACAGAUUGUGCUAAGGGCCCGCGCCAGCAAGGAGGUAUGGGACGGCAUCUUCCAAGCGAUUGCGUUAAUGAUUCUUGCGCCGGAGGUUCUCCUUGUCGAAAGAUACUGUCCCUGGCAAUUACGCUUAAUGGAGGUGUCCCAGAUCGAAGAAUGGGAGACGGAGAAACUUCGGUACUGGCUGGAAAGAAUGUGCAGCGAGGGUGAUAUCCGGCAGCUGAUUCUUUCGAGUCCCAAAGUUCUUGGCGCCUACUUUUACGACAAAGUGAAUUUUGGUAGCAUCCUCCCCGUAACGCACGCUCUCCGCUUCUCAAGUUUAAAUAGGGGAGAUGUAGUGGAACGCGGUAAAAAUAGUGAUUACGAAGGACAGCGGAUAGCACUGAAGGCUCGACGGCUGCUAGUCGAGACCCUAACUGUUGAUGUCGACAUUGCGGAGCAAAUUUCCGAAGUAAACGAAGUGUUCGGCGAAGUAAUAGUGGAGGAUUUCAGUGAGGCGAAAGAAGUAUAUUGGAGCGACGACGAUGGCGAGCUGUCCGACACCAGCGACAGCCGAGGAAGUCGUGUCGAUGUCAUAUAUCUGACAGACUACUGCAUCAGCGUGCUUGAGUUUCAGCAAGCGCAUUGUCGGGUGACGUUUGAUCACAUCGCGGCCGCGGCUCUUCCUUCAACACCAGCCUCAAGCACCGCCGAAGGACCAGCACCGCCGGAAGACCAGCAUCGCCGGCGGAACACGAGCAUCUGCCUCAGGGACACUAUGCAAGGGUUGACACAUCAUGCGACUCGGGUGCUGAGACAUGUUGACAACAGCACCGGGCUUUCGCCUUUCGCGCGAAGUUUAAUCCUCGCCCGGACGAACGGCGCUAUUUACAUCCACGCCAAGUUCUUUAUUUUGGAGUUGCUCAAACUGGAGCUGCAGAGAGGAGCACUAACGGGUGAAGAUGCGAAAAGCAAAAGCAUGGCUCUUCGAAUCUUUCUUCUUCUUCGAAUCGGCGCUGGGUGUCUGCGAUCGCAGCACAAAAAGGAAGAUGACGACCCGUUUACAGCAACUGCGGCAAUCUCCACAGUUCAAAAGCUCAUCGACGCAGGUGCCGACGUAAACGCGACACUCGGACGAGGCGACGACCCCGGUCGAUUGCUCAUAGCCACAUCAACAUAUACCCCGCGGCCGUGGGCACCGACACGCUUCGAGUUUGGAGACAGGACAGCUCGGCUUGCUUUGCAACCAGAAGACAGUCCGUUUUGUCUUUCCUACGAUAAAGAACUAGCAACAGCGGUUCUGGCGGAUGGCUGCCGACCCCUGCCGCUUGCCCUGGUGCUCGGAAGCGAGGAGAUUUGCGAGGCUUUGGCGCUUGCCGGAGCGUCCUGCCAAGACGUUUCACCUGACACGAAUACGAAGUGAAAAAGGACGGCAUCUUCAGCAUUCUCAUCUGGCUUCACUCCACUAUUUCAGUAAUUCUGGUGCAACUUCUGGCUGCCAGGAUGCAUAUUUUCCACUCCGUUGUCCAGACGCAGAUUAGGCACGCUGCGAUGUUGGUGGAACAAUUGCAUGUUGCUCCAAAUCUGGAGAAAUCUACUAGCACCCUUGUGCUGACUCAGGCACAGAAAGUGAACUGUAGCGGAAAUGAUCUGCAGCUAGAUCUACUAGUAUUAGCGUACAAAUAAUUGCACUACGUUGUAUUUGCAGCUUCUACCUAGUCCCUGAGGUGGAGAUCGUCGAAGGGAUGUUGGAGCUGAAGAUGGACACUUUCAUCGCUUCAUACGGAAAGAUAUUCUUCGCCGCAAAUGCCCGCCGCAGUUACAAAAGUACAUCGGAGAAGAGGGGGACGCAAACCCAAACGCGCCGGCUGGUCCCGCACUCAUUACUCGCUCUUGAAAAGGUUGCUGCAUCGAUUCCGAAGUGAUUAAGCUUCUAUUCAUGUCAAUCCUCGCUCACAAAUUGACGGCCACGACUUUUGAUAAAAAUGCUCAUUUCCUUUCUUGACAUUGAUUCCCAUUUAUAUCUCAUUUCUGAAAGUCCGUUCAGAACAUAAUUUUUGCGCAGAAGCGAAACAAAUCUCUGUCCGUGGUAC